GGGGAGCCACACUGCCUGCAGGCGGGGCAGACUGCGGAGCUCACAGGCCAGGCUCUGCGGCCCAGGCAGGCCCUAGGGUGGGAAGAUGGCAGGUGAGGGCAGCGACCUCAGCACCCGGAUGUUCAUGGAAGACCAGGAUGUAGAUGAGGGGCUUCUCUAUGACACUCUAUUCAAGCACUUCAAAAGAUAUAAGCUGGAGAUUUCAAAUGCAAUAAAAAAGACAUUUCCAUUCCUUGAGGGCCUCCAUGAUCGUGAACUCAUUACAGAUAAAAUGUUUGAAGAUUCUCAAGAUUCUUGUAGAAACCUGGUUCCCAUACAAAAAGUGGUGUACAAUGUUCUGAGUGAACUGGAGAAGACAUUUAACCUGUCAGUUCUGGAAGCGCUGUUCAGCAAUGUCAACAUGCAUGAAUACCCCGAUUUAAUUCACAUUUAUGAAAGCUUCAAAAAUGCAAUCCAAGGCAUGUUAUGUUUCCAAGAAAGUGAUGGAAAAGAAAACAGAGAGAGGCCUGACAUCCAACUAAGUCUUAAACGAGGAGCAGAGCGACCAGCACGUGAAAAGGAGAAGGGUCCUUGUGUCAUGUGUUUCUCAGAAGAAGUCUCAGAAGAAGUCCCAGAAGGCCCAGAAGCAAAUAUGGAAAGUGACCAAGCAUGUGGCCAAAUGGAUCCUCUGGAUAUUGGAAAAAAUUCUACUUUGGGAAAACCCAAGAGGAAAAGAAGAAAAAAGAAGGGGCAUUGCUGGACCAGAAUAAGAAGGACAACACAGAAAAAAAUCCAACAGACUGGUAACGGCAAAGCCGAUGGCCAGCUGGUCUCCAGUAAAAAGAAGGCGAAUGUGAAUCUGCCAGGCCCUUUCAAGAUUAGGGGGAGAAAGAGAGGCAGACCUAGAGCCUGCUUCACUCAGAGUGACAGAGAUCCACAGAAAAGAGUCCAAUCAAGAGCUUCAAGAAGGUACAAAGAUGAAACUGUGGAUUUUGAGGAUCCCGCACUUCUGGUGACCUGUGGUGAGGUAAAGGGGAUUUUAUACAAGAAGAAAUUGGAACGAGGAAUCUUGAUGAAGUGUAUACAGACUGAGGAUGGAAACUGGCUCAGCCUCAGGGAAUUUGCAAUCAAAGGAGGCUACGCAAGAACAAAGAACUGGAAGCUGAGUGUGCGCUGUUAUGGGUGGCCCCUACAACGGCUGAUGGAGGAAGGAUUUCUACCUAAUCCUCCAAGAAUUUAUUACAGGAACAAAAAGAGAAUACUGAAGACUCACAAUACUUCAGUUGACCCUUGUAUGAGAAACGUGGAUGAGUGUGAGGUUUGCCGGGAAGGAGGGAAGCUGUUCUGUUGUGACACUUGUUCAAGAGUCUUCCAUGAGGACUGCCACAUCCCACCUGUGGAAACUGAGAAGACCCCGUGGAGCUGCAUCUUCUGCAGGAUGAAGGAGUCUUCAGGAAGCCAACAGUGCUGUCAGGAAUCUGAGGUCCUGGAGAGGCAGAUGUGCCCUGAGGAACAGUUGAAAUGUGAAUUCCUCCUCUUGAAAGUCUAUUGCUGUUCUGAGAGCUCCUUUUUUGCCAAGAUUCCAUAUUAUUAUUAUAUUAGAGAGGCGUGUCAAGGCCUGAAGGAGCCCAUGUGGUUGGAUAAAAUCAAGAAGAGGCUGAAUGAGCACGAUUAUUCCCAUGUGGAGGGGUUUGUACGAGACAUGCGCCUCAUCUUCCAGAACCACAGGGCAUCAUACAAGUACAAGGAUUUUGGCCAAAUGGGACUUCGACUGGAAGCUGAAUUUGAGAAGAAUUUGAAGGAAGUGUUUGCUAUUCAGGAAACAAAUGGGAUUAAUUAACUGGUUUAGUGGAUGCUGAAGGCGUUCAGCAAGUAGUACCCCAAAAUAUGCCACUUACUUCAAACUGAGGGCACUCGGACACAGCACAUGCAGGGAGAGGCUUUUCUCUGAGCCUCCCUCAUCUGCCCAAAGACGAAUCCUCCAAAGGAAAUUCAAUCAUCAUGAAUCCCAUCGCCAACAAUCUCAUCAGCCAGGGAAGGGUAACUGGGACUACAGGGAAGGAGGUGGGAAGUGACACCAGCACAGACAGACAGUCACCUCUUCUCCUGAGGGCUGCUCCAGACAUUUAUUACUCACAAGACCUUUUAUCUGAAAAACCAGACAAGCUUUAUUCAGGACACACUUCUUCCUUUCCCCCUCCCACUUGUCUGGCCACCUCCCUGCAGAAGCCCGGGCCCCAUUCUUUUCGAUAGCUCAAGAUGGUGAAUCAUCUGACCCUUCUUGGAGUCUUGUAUUUCAUGGGUCUCCUGUGCAAACAAAUAUUAUUAAAAUUUUUAUCCUCCUGUUAAUCUACUUAUGGCAAUUUAAUUUAUUCAUAGCUCAGCCAACAAACCUAGCAAAGUAGAGGGAAGCCAUUUCUCACUCCCCUGCAAAGCUGUUGGUAUCCUGGCACCAUCUCCUCUUCUGGCCAGGUCUUUUCAUCCACAGCUGCUGAGUGGUGGCUGCUAUUGCCAGCAGUCUCCAGAUUAUUAC